AUGGAAGAAGGGUCCCUGUUAGGGUGCGCGUGGCGGCUGAAGCUGCAGCGACUGUUUGGCCUUUUAGCUGCGCAUUUCAGCCGCUGGUUUGACCUCAAGGGGCAGGCCACGCUGUGUGACUUGCUGCUAGACCUCGUGGUGAAGAAUCUGGAAUCCGGACUGCUGGAGAAGACCUACAGCGCCUCGGGGGGCAUUUUGGCCAACCAAGAAACUCGCAAUCUUUGCUUGGUGGUGCAGCGGCUGAGUUUGAGUCCUGCUGCUGGCAGCAGCAGCAGGCUGCAGCAGCAGGAAGCUGCUGCUGCUGCUGCAGCCAGUAGGUGCUCGUUCUUCGACGACUUUGAAGACGAAGAGGAGACCCUUGAGGGCGUAGAGAUUAACUACCCAGAGCCAGUGAGGUCCAAGUUCUGCCGCCUAUUUGAGAUAGGAGAGCUUCUCAGCCUUCCCUCUCUUAACGAAGUCUCUGAGCUGCUGGGAGAGAUAGAAGGCGGGCGAUCUUUACUCACUCUUGAGGAAAUUAAAACAGUACUGCGGCUUCGGGUCGACUUUGGCGAAAAAGAGAUUGAAGAGACACUGCGGUCAGUAAAAGCUGCUGCCACGUGA